GAGAGACGUAAACCUUGCGAACAUGGCGACGCUCCGAGGAGAGUACGGAGAUUGGGAAUACGAGCGAUUUUAACCGAGAAAAAACACUCCUGUUCGUAUGUAACAAUGUGGUGGGGUUAGCCAGAGCCACCGCACGCACAGCCUUUUAGACGAUGUUUGCAGAGGCCAGUCUGUCCAUCUGGGGAUGGGGGGGUCUUGGAGUCGUGCUGUUCCUCGUCACCUUUGGACCCUUUGCCAUAUUCUACCUGGCCUUUUAUAUCUUCUGCUUCAUUGGAGGGGGCUUUGCGGUCACUCUGCUCUAUGGAAAGAUCAACUCCGAGAAACACCUGGAAAAGUGCGAGCACUCUUACUUGCCACCCACUCAAAUUGGUAUACUGAAGACAUUGGAUGAGAUGCGGCUAGAGAUGAAGCCCAUUAAGAUUGACAGGAGACUGACUGGCUCCAGUUUCAUAGAUGAACCACUACAACAGGUGAUCCAAUUUGCUCUGAGAGACUAUAUCCAAUACUGGUACUACACUCUGAGCGAAGAUGAGUCCUUCUUAUUGGAGAUCAGGCAGACGCUGCAGAAUGCCCUCGUCCAGUUUUCCACACGGUCCAAAGAGGUGGACUGGCAGCCUUACUUCACCACUCGCCUGGUGGACGACUUUGCCACCCAUUUACGUGUCUUUCGAAAAGCCCAGGAUCGCCUCGCCGACAGAGAGGACAAGCAAAGGGACAUAACAGAGGAGCUGGUGGACUCGUUCUUUGAGGCCGAGGUGGAGAUGGAAAGGAAGAUUUGUCGAGACGGAGUGUGCACUUCACUCAGAGAUGAAGAAGGUUUCCUUCGAGACUUGUGUGAGUUGCUUCUUUAUCUGUUACUACCUCCUGGAGAUUUCCACAACAAGAACAUGAGAUACUUCCUACGGGAGGUGCUGGCGCGUGGUGUACUGCUUCCUCUGAUCAAUCAGCUGAGCGACCCAGACUACAUCAAUCAGUUUGUCAUCUGGAUGAUACGGGAUUCCAGCUGUAACUAUGAAGCCUUCAUGAACAUCCUGAAGCUGACAGAUAAGCCUGCUGAGCUGGAGGCCGUUAAGGACAAGGUGCUGGAGGAGCUGCAGUACCUUCGCUCGCUGGACACUGCAGGAGAUGACAUCAAUGUAAUCAAGAACCAGAUUAACAGUCUUCUGUUUGUGAAGAAGGUGUGUGAGACCAGGAUCCAGAGACUACAUUCGGGCAAGGAGGUGGAUGCCUUGAAACUGGCAGCCAACUUCGGCAAGCUGUGCGUUAUCCCACUGGAUCACAUCCUUGUCCACAACAUAGCCCUGCAGUUCUUCAUGGAUUUCAUGCAGGCAGCGGGGGCUCAGGCAGAGCUGUUCUUCUGGCUCACUGUGGAGGGCUAUAGGGUCACGGCGCAGCAGCAGCUGGAGGCGAUGUACGGCUGGCAAAAAGAUGGCAAGAAGCAGCCCAGCGCCACCAAGGGGCUGCUGAAGGCCGCUGCACUGGGUGUCUAUGAACAAUACCUCUCUGACAAGGCAUCUCCCAGGGUGCAAGUAGAUGAUACAUCAAUAAGUCAAUUAGGGGAGGCGCUACAGAAAGAGGACCCCACACCUGAGAUAUUUGAUGAAAUCCAGAGAAAGGUGUAUGACAUGAUGCUGCGUGAUGAGCGCUACUACCCCUCCUUCAAGCAGAGUCCUCUCUACGUUCGCAUGCUUGCAGAAUUGGACAUGCUGAAAGAGCCGAGCUACCGGGGAUCUGAUGACGGCGACGGGGAAUCUUUCAAUGGCUCUCCCACAGGAAGCAUAAACCUAUCUUUGGACGACUUGUCCAACUCCUGCCAUGAUGAAACUAUGCACCUACAUGCCUUCAUCUCUGAUACAGCUGAUGCUUGUCUCCCCGGCUUCUGGGGUGCUGCAGGGGUUUGCAACGACCACGGUAAGACCUACGCACUGUACGCCAUCACUGUGUUCAAACGCAACCAAGACGGCAGCGAGGACUGCUGGAAAACCUACCGGCGCUACUCUGAUUUCCACGAUUUCCAUAUGAGGAUCACUGAACAGUUUGAGAACCUGGCGUCGAUCCUCAAGCUGCCAGGAAAAAAGACUUUCAACAACAUGGACAGAGACUUCUUGGAAAAGAGGAAAAAAGACCUCAAUGCUUAUUUACAGUUGCUGCUGAACCCAGAGAUGGUGAAAGCCUGCCCGACUCUGAUUCCUUAUGUCUAUGACUUCUUAGAGAACAAGGCCUACAGCAAGGGCAAGGGAGAGUUUGCACGCAAGAUAGACACAUUUGUGAAUCCUCUCCGGAGCUCCAUGAGGAACGUGUCCAACGCGGUGAAGUCCCUGCCAGACAGUCUGGCUGAGGGCAUGAACAAAGUCUCUGACAACAUGGGUCGCAUGUCAGAAAGACUGGGCCAGGACAUCAAACAGUCCAUAUUCAAGGUGCCUCCACUCCUCCCCAAGUCCGACAUCGACCCUGAACACUGUCGAGUCUCCGCCCAGCUUGAUGAUAACGUUGAUGAUAACAUUCCACUGCGCGUAAUGCUGCUGCUGAUGGACGAGGUGUUUGACCUUAAGGAGAAAAACCAGUGGCUGCGCAGAAACAUUAAGAACCUGCUACAGCAGCUCAUCAGGGCCACAUAUGGAGACACCAUCAACAGGAAAAUUGUGGACCAUGUGGACUACAUGACCUCACCAGAGCAGGUGGCAGAUUAUGUCAAGAAGUUUAGGGAUUCCUACUGGCCCAACGGUAUUCUGGCUGAGACGCAACCCCGUCGGGACAAGAACAUCCGCAUGAGGACGCGAGUAGCCGCUAAGACCAGCCUGCUGGGCAUCAUGCCAGAUGAGCUGAAGCACAUCAUCGGGGCGGACACCACGCGGAAGGGCAUACUGCGCGUCUUCGACAUGUUUCAGUACCAACCCAUGAACCGUCGUCUGGUCUACGUUUUCCUCGAGGGUUUCCUGGAGACCAUGUUCCCUCAGUACAAAUUCCCCGAGCUCUUUGUCAAGUUGCACUCCCGCUCUCCACGCAUACACAGAUACAGCCAGAAACUCAAAUCCUCCUCCCUCAAGAGGUGACAGGAGAGGACCGAGGCAAUGGGACACGGGCCGACGAGAGACACACAAACUUGAGAGCUAAAAGUGAGAGUUUAGGGGGGAGGGGGGGGGCUUGACGUGAACGUUGAGAUAUGUGUGUGUGAUUUCUGCCCCUACCGCUUCCCUCACACACUCUUUUCGGUGAAAAACACUCCAAUUAUCCAGCUAAUUAUUUCUGUCAACACAGAACUGAAAGUUGAAAAACACACACACAUGCGCAAACACAAAUCCUGUAAUUUGCACCAAGACUGAACAUGACAGUCUUUCUUUUAGUCUACAUUAUUUUCCCCCCUCCUUUUUGGAUUUUUUUUUUUUUGUUGUUGUCGUCGUUGUUGUUGUUGUGCUUAGCUUUGGCUGGGCCAGUCAAUGCUGCUUUCUCACGGUCCAGAGAGCAGACCACAAAUACUGUAUUGUUUUUAAACUGCAGGAGUAGAUAGCAUAGACCCACACCUUGCCUUACCUUUCCCGCUUCUGUCUUUUGGCCAGCACAGUCCUACCAUCUCAGUGAGCUGGCCACUCGGCUGUAGUCAAACUUACCCUCAUGCUGUAGACAUUUUAUCUGCAAAAGCUGCAUACUUGUAAACAACAAACAAUAUUUUUGUUUUCAUAGCAACCAAAUAUGUCAAUAGCACUGGGUUAAGAGGCACUGUUUUUAAAAUGUGACUGAACAAAUAUGGGUCGAAAGGAUGAUUUUAAAAAAAAAAAUUUUGUUGAUUUUUUUUUUUUUUUUUUUUUUUUUUCCAGCCUCAGUGCUUCUCUUGAGACAUGAGACUUUUUUUUUUCUUUCCAAAGUGUUACAUCAUCUGUGCCGCUCAUGAUCCUUAAAAAAAAAUAGGCCACAUCCCCUUUAACGCUACUGUCGUAACCCUGUGACAACCAAAGCCCAUGCUGUUCAUACGUGUGCGUGUACUGGUUUGACGUCAAGGAUACUCUGAACAUUACUGUGCUUCAUAUCAUUAAUCAUGUGAAGAAAAAAACAACGCAAUGUUGACCUUUUUUAAUAUAAAAGGUGAGGCUUUGAAGACCCACUGAAGUGUGUUAUAGUUGGUCCCUGUGGGAGGCUCAGCUCUGGCUGUCCAAAGCGCACUAUCAUGUACGCUUCAAAGAAUGUACUCUCUGGUCUAGUCUGUAUUUGGCUUGUGUAGAAUUUUGAGUGAAUGGGAGUGUGUGUGUGUGUGAGUGUGUGAGUUAAGCAAGCAAGAUGCAACCCUCUUCAGUCAGAAACCGUGCCAGUGUGAGCUAGUGAACCAGCCUUAAUACUAUAUACAGUAUAUACUGACCAAGAGACGCACGCUAGAAGUAGCUCUCCUUCACACGACCGAACACGACAAGGAAAUCAAGAUAGAGAUAUGGAGAUAUAUCCCUAAUCACUUUUAUUCAGAGAAAAGGUCUUUAAUUUUGUGCAAUAUAUUUUUUUUCUUUAAUGCAUGUGCAUUUUGAAUCAUUGUAUACUGAAAAAAAAAGUUAAUUCAUAUUGUUUUAAUAGUAGAAAACAUGAAACGUUUCCCCAGAAAUGUCUUCUUACCCCAACAACUUAACAUUCCGUUGUUGUAAAAGUACUACAUUUAUUUUACAGACUUGUUUUAUAAGUCUGAGUUUUUUUUGUUUUGUUUUGUUUGGUUUUUGGGUGUGUGGGGGGUGUUUUCCACUCAUCCCUUACCCACUCGUGCAGAAUCUGUGUUUUUGGGUAUUGAUUCAGGCAGUGGUAGGGUGUUUUUCUGUGCGGCAGCCUGAUGAUUAGCUCACCGGGCUAAAGCUAGUUCAGAGGCAGCCUCGAACAACUGCUUCUUUUUAACUCAUAAGUGGUGUUUUACGCAUUCAAGCCUGUUCUGUUGAGCGUGAACAGACCUUUUGUCAUUAUGAACUGACAGCCGGAGGGACUCCCCGCCCCCUCCCCCCUCCUCCUGUCCAAUAGGCUCGCCAGAGAGCCAUGUCCUGUGACCAAUGGAAUCACUGCUAAUGAGCACUUACCGUAGCAACUAUGGGAGAGCUUCUCCCAUCCGCUAAACGGAGCCCCAUUCUGCUGCAGUCAUUGGAUGGAACUCCUUCGUCUGCUGUGAUUUGCUUGCACUGAGCAGCCCUGGUGGACUCCGAUUGGCUGAGUAGGAGGACAUGAACUUGAACCUCUCGUACAGGGAGGUGAAUAUUUUGUCCCUGCGGUGGAGAAGGAGAUGUCACCUUUAACUUUCUGCACACCUCUCCAUACAGGAAGGCUUGUUUGUUUGUUUUUUAACCCCAGUAUAUAUGAAUCUAUGAUAAUGAAAAUUGUGCAUAUCUGUGUACAGUAUGUGUUAAUAGUGUGCCUAAAUGUACUGUCAACUCUAUUUUCAUAUUUUUCUUUAACCUCAAAAAAAAAAUUCAAUCAGAAUGUCAUGAUCAUUUUACGCGACUGAAAAUGACUUUAGGGUGUUUUUUUGCAUCAUGCUUAUCAAACUCUUCCUUGUGAGCAGUUGUGCUCAGAUCAGUAUAACACUAAUAAAAGGUAACUCAGACUAACUGACCCACAGUG